UGAGUUUUAUAUCGAUUAUACAUAAUAAUUACUUAAUUGGGAAAUAUUCUCUUUAUUUUGAGUGUCAAUUAUAGUAAUUGGACAAUAAAAUGCAUAAUAUAUAGCUCACUUUGAGCCACAUUAAUAGGUCUAAUAUAUCAUAAAUAUAUUUCCUUAAUUUAGCGUACAGUCUCCACUUUAGUGCGUCACGUUCCAAACGAUUGCAGCUCUUCAUACCAAAUAUCAAAGUAGACCCGUAGUUCGUUUUUACUCUUAUCGUGAAGCGAUGCAGUUCAAAUUAACAAAAAAGGUGGUAAAAAGGCAGGCGACACUACCUGAGGGCUUUGAAGGCUCUGGCUUGAAAAUGGCUGGUAGCAGCAGUAGCAGUAAUAGCGACACUACCGAUAACGAGAAAUCACCAGACUCAUCAGGUAUACAAUUCGAUGAGGACGCUGAUGAUGUUAUAAACCUCCCUCAAGACCCACCUAAAUCAGAUCAGCCACAGAUAGAUCAGCACCAGCAUGGUAAUGAGAACCACAAUGAGUAUUCAUCUGCUUUGGCACCGUCACUCACUAUCGGUAUUGUCGCGGUCUUAAUCAUUGCAGCUGUGGCCAUACGUUAUAUAAAGAGGAAGAAGAGAAUUGAAGCACUUGGAUCAGACCCAAAGAAAGAUAACGAGAAGUGUAUUAACACUCCUUCGGAUGCCAAUUCUUUAAUAAAAGAUCGAGAAUUUGGAACUCCCCCACCGGUAUAUACCAUACUGCCGCGCAGUUCUUCUCUCAACAUGACCAAAUCGAGCAAUUCAUAUGGCGAUAUGUUCCAUAGCGUUAAUACAAUGCACGAUCUUCCACCAACACCAGGUCCGGCCGAUUAUGAAGAUGAACAAAUGGAAGGUUUGGAACCGCCAAGAAGGCCUUAUGUGCAAACACCGCCAAUUUCUCCGAUUGCCCCAAUCAUGCCACGCUCGUCAUCGUUGGGUACCGUCAGUGCUGAUAACCACAUGCCACGCUCAUCUUCAAUAGGCAGCGUGAGAAGUAUCGGAGAGCGCGUCCCUAGCCCAAUUGAACGCGUAGAAAGUCCAUUUUCGCGAGCAUCUAGUCGUGCUAGUCAUGCAUCAUUACCUAUGCCAUCUGUUACGCCAAUACAGUUGAUUAAAUCACCAAAUCAAGUAACCACACCAUCUUCAAACCAUUUGAUGACCUCACCAGUAAGCGAC